CCCGGCCCCGGCCCCGGCCCCGGCCUCGGCCUCCGCCGCCUCCCGCCAUGCUGCGGCCGCCUGGCGAUGCCUGUGCCCCUUGGCUCUGCUGAUCUGGUGGCGUCUGCGGCUCCUGCUGGCCCCCAUGGGCUCGCCAGUGUCCUUUGUGCUCUCCAGGAUGGCAGCCUGCGGGGGCAGCAGCAAGAACAAGGUGACAGUGCCCAAACGGGUGUGGGACUUCCUGACCAAGGAGUGCCCUGCCAGGCUGGCACGGCUGAAGGAGGAGACCCAGGUCAGCAUCCUGGUGGACGGAGAGACCUCAGACAUCUACGUCCUGCAGCUCUUCAGUGCCCACCCGGUGCCCCCCGGCGGGCUCUGCCCUGCCCGCAAAGCCCUCAAAGCCCUCCUGAAGGAGACCGAGAAGGAGCUGAAGAAGAAGCAGCCCUCAGGUGCCCAGCGCCAGGCAGGAGACCUCCUGAGCUGCCUGCUGGAGCCUGGCACGGGAGGGGCAGCGCCAGGCGGGCAGGGCAGAGGGGGAGCAGCGGCUGGCACGGCUGGCAGCGCUGGGGGCUCGUGGGACGAGGAGCCUGAGAGGCAGUGCCCGAUCUGCCUGGGCGAGAUCCAGAAGGCGAAGACGCUGGAGAAGUGCCAGCACUCCUUCUGCGAGGCCUGCAUCACGCGGGCACUGCAGGUCAAGCGGGCAUGCCCCAUGUGCGGGCGCUUCUACGGGCAGCUGGUGGGCAACCAGCCCCCCAACGGCCGCAUGCUGGUCAGCAGGGAUGCCAGCCUGCUGCUGCCAGGCUACGAGAAGUUUGGCACCAUCAUCAUCCAGUACGUCUUCCCGCCCGGCGUGCAAGGGGUGGAGCAUCCCAACCCGGGGGUGCGGUACCCUGGCACCACGCGGGUGGCAUACCUGCCCGACUGCCCCGAGGGCAACAAGGUGCUGGGGCUGUUCCGCAAGGCCUUCGAGCAGCGCCUGACCUUCACGGUGGGCACCUCCAUGACCACAGGCCGUGCCAACGUCAUCACCUGGAACGACAUCCACCACAAGACCAACUGCACCGGCGGGCCCCAGCUGUUUGGGUACCCAGACCCCACCUACCUGGCGCGGGUGCAGGAGGAGCUGCGUGCCAAGGGCAUCACCGAGGACUGAGCAUCCCCCCUGGGCACAGGGUGGGCACCAGGACCCUUCCUGCCCACUCCGUGCCAGGGGCACAAGGAGAGUGCCAGGGCCUGCCAAGGGACAGCUCUGUACAGACCCUCCCUGUGCCCCCCAGCAGGACAGACAGAAGGGGGGGGGGGGAGGAACCUGUGCCCUCUGUGCCCCCUCCCAGCCCUGGCACAGGUUCAGUGCCCCCUGUGCGCCCCCCCCCACCCCUCAGGCCUGGCACAGAGUUGAUGCCCUCUCUGUGCCCCCCCCUCCCCGGACUUGUUAGGGGGUUGGUGCCCUCUGUGCCCUCCCUCCUCCCCUCUCCCCAAAGCCCCAGGAUGGGGGCAGUGCCCUCUGUGCCAUUUCCCAGCCCUGGCACAGGGUUGAUGCCCUCUGUGUGUCCUCCUAGACUUGGUAGGGGGUUGGUGCAGCCUCCUCCCCCUUAGCCUCCCUGCUGGGGCUGUGCCCUCUGUGCCCACCCCCAGCCCUGGCACGGGGUCGGUGCCAACUGAGGGUGGGCACAGGGCUUAACUUAUUAUUUUUUGUACCCUCCCUCUGCAAGUUGGAACCAAUAAAAUUAUGCAAGGAGGGCACUGGCA